AUGGAUGUUGAUACAUGGAUCUAUUUGACAAGUCUGAUAUUUCUCUGGGUAAUGAUUAUCUCAUUUGCUAAUUGCUAUGAGCAGCUUAUAGAUACCAGGAAAACGAAAGUGAAAAGCAGUUCGACAUAUAAAACUUUAGUUUCCAGAGGAUCUGCCGACUAUGCAAUUGACGGGAAUUAUAAUCAACAUUACACGAACUGCUUGCACACAGACCUAAGAAGGUCAGAGGCUUGGUUAACGAUAGAUCUUGGAGACAUUUACAAUUUGAAAAGCGUUGAAAUAUGGUACAGAGAUGAUAGCGGAUCUGCUCGUGCUUACAGACUCAAAGGAUUUUCCAUACUUGCCUCUAAAAAUCCAGGAUUUGAUGAAAACGACACAUGUUAUCAGGACCAAGGAAUUGUUGCCCCUGAAACAGUACUUGAAGUGAAUUGUUUUCGGACAGCUCGAUUUAUUAAGAUUCACACUAAUAAGAUCCAUGAUGAGUAUGGUGCCAUUUUGGAGAUCUGCGAACUACAAAUCUUUGGUUGUCCACGUUGGAAGUACGGAGAAAAAUGUAUGCCAUGUGGAAAUUGUAAAAUGGAUUGCCAUGUAACGGGACAAUGUGAUCGAUUUGGUUGCGUUCGUGAUGGGUAUCUUCCGCCAUACUGUAAAGAAUGCAAAAGUGGGAGCUAUGGCAAGGAUUGUAACUCUGUCUGUGGACAUUGUGCUAAUAAUGCAACAUGUAACGAGGUGACUGGCUCCUGUCCUGAUGAAAAUUGUGAAGCAGGAUGGACACAUACUAACGGCAGGAAAUGUGAUAAGGAAUGCCAGCAAGGUUUCUACGGUAGGAAUUGUAGUCUUCCCUGUGGACACUGUGAAAACAAAGCAGCAUGUAAUCACGUAACAGGUACCUGUCCUUCCAGUUUCUGUGAAUCAGGUUGGAUAUAUUCUCCUGAUGGAAGAUGUAAUCAAGCAUGUAAAGGUGGGAGCUACGGCAAAAAUUGUCUCUCUGCCUGUGGGCACUGUGCCAAUAAUGCAACAUGUAACCUCGUGAAUGGUUCCUGUCCCGAGGGAAAUUGUGCACCAGGAUGGAUACGCAGAAGAGACAGAAAAUGCAAUCAAGCCUGCAAUGAUGGCUGGUAUGGAAGAGAAUGUAAGGAACGUUGUGGAUACUGCAGAGGUAACAAACCGUGUCAUCACGUGACCGGAUCUUGUUUGGGGUUGUGUGAACCUGGAUAUCAUGGAGAUAAAUGUGAAGAAAGCGAGUUUUCUCAACUUCUUGUAAUUCAGAGGAAAAUAUUAAACUCUGUUAGAGAAUUUCUAGCUUUUAAGAAGGGCAAAGCUGAACUAAAGGCAAACGGCACAUCCCCGACCGACUUAAAAUAGAAGAAUUCUCUGAAA